GGUAGCUCUAAAAAUAUUGUUAAAUGUCAAAUCAAUGUAGCGUACUGAAAUUUACGUAAAAAUAAAAAAUUUCUAUCAAUCAAAACGCAAUGUUCCGAAAUAUUAUUUCUGUGGCGCAAAAACUGCCAGUAAAAACAAUAUUCAGAACAAAGCAAUGUGUCCCUUGUAAGAGUGUCAUGCUACAAAAUUCGUUUACAAAUUUGUGGAGUCGAAAUAUGUCUAUUUUACAAAGGGAUUUGUUUACUAUCAAACCCGUGUACACACCUAACUCCAUCACCUUCACUCAGCAACUUUUGAAACCACAAAUUGCUAUAUUGAGCAACUCAUCUCGAAGCGUAACAAAAUUUUCUUUAAAAAAAGGGAAACGAAAAACUGUUAAAUGUGUUCUGAAAAGGUUUAAACGCUUACAUUGGGGUAUAUGGAUUCGUACAAGGAGUGGUCGCCAUAAAAAAAUGUUUAAAAAAUCUCCUGCACUUAAAAGACGUUUAAAGCAACAUGUUUUUGUCAAUGCACAGCAAAGCUGGUUAUUAGAUAGCAUGGUUACAAAUUAUUGGCGUAAACCAAAAUAUUAUGUCGACGAUCCUUACGAACAGUAUCACAAAAGAGAAGAAUAUUUUGCAACGAGGAAAAAACCACUUGAAUAUAAAACUAAAUAAGGCAACAUCUUUUAUUAGACAAUAAACAAAUUAAUAAAUUCAAA